AUGGCCAAAGAUUUGAUGCCCACUGUUCUCAAAUCAGGCAAAACUGCUAAAGAAAUCUGGGAUCACCUCAAGAAGCUCUUUGAAAACAACAAAGGAAGCCGCGCAGAAACCCUUGAAAGUAAGUUUGUUAACCUUAAAUUUACUGACUGUAAUGGUGUUGAUGAUUACUGUGAUAAACUUAAAUCGUUCUCCGACGGAUUAAGUGAUCUCGACUUCCCGAUGAAUGACAAGCGUUUGGUUAUUCAACUUGUCAAUGGCCUUCCGGAGGAAUACAACACUAUUGCAUCUUUCAUUCAACAGUCCAUGCCUAGUUUUGAUUCUGCCAGAUCUCAACUGAGAAUGGAAGAGAUAAGGCGUUCUCAACAAACCCUAAGUCCUACACCGACGGCACUGGCUGCUGCUGCCUCCCCUGUGCAGCGCCAAAAUCAGUGA